UGAUUAGUCAUCUAUCUGAAAUUCCAAUGCCUGAGAAUCCUGAAAAUAUUUGUUCUUUUCUCUCUUUCCUUAAAAAAAUGAGACAAAAAAAACGCAGACAGUCAUCGAUCAAACCAAACAUAAAAGUCGAGCAACUUUGGUGCUACCUAAAGUAAUAAUAUCUUAAUACAAAUCUUGGGUUCUUGCUAGUUUAGAGCGUGAGUUAAGUAAGAGCAGCUCCAGCGGGAGCUCGUGCUCGAGGGACAGGCUGCGGAACAGGGCUUGAUUGCCCGAGGGAGGAAGCCGAAUGUUGGCUGGCGAGCGAGCCCGAGCAGUCCCGAGAGAGGCCUGUGGAUUCGUACCGGCCCGAACACCCGUUUUUCAGUUGGAUUGGAUUUGAAAAUUUGGGUUUUUGAUUUUGAUAUGCAAAAAGCAAGAGAUCGAAGAAGAAAGAUAAACAAGCGCAGAUUUUAUUUGAUUUGGGAUAUUAAAAUAUCUGCACCUGCUAUUAAUGGGAAGGUGAUGGAGGGAUGAUAUAUAGUGGUCACCGAUAUUGAUACACGACACCGACAGGCAUAUACGCGUGAACGCGUUAAUCGUUAUUUUUUUCUUAUUUUAUAAAUAAAAAAAAGUUAAUAUUCUGUUUAGGACGGAGAUGAAAAGACAAUUACUGAUUAUGAUUAAGUAAAGUAUUAUUUACUGAUGGAUUAAAUAGUGAAUACGCUGGGACCUUUCCACGGUGGAACUGCUCGAAUCUUUGCCUGACCUUCAAGGUUUGGCGUGUUUAUGGUCUGUACGAAGAACCUUCUGCAAUCAAAAGGUCAAUCCAAGAUUGUAUAUUUAGAUACAAAUCUUGGGUUCUUGCUAGCUGCUGUUCGAAAUCUUGUGUACUUUUCAGAUACUAAACUAUAUUAAAAUAGCUGCUAGCUGCUAGCUGCUGUUUUCGGGCGGGUUUUUGAUGGUGCUCAAGAGGCAUUUUCGUGACGACGAGGGAAGCGAGGACGUCGAGUUUCCGGUUCCAGAAUCCAAAAGGAGGCCUAAUUUUAGGGAUGUUGUUAGGGAUGUGAUGAGAGACGCCACGCUGAAUGAACGCGAGUCGGAACGCUUUCGGAGAAUUGUGCGAGAGGAGGUGGAGCGCGGUAUUCUUCCCUUCCUCAUGUCAUCUCCAAGUGUAUCCAGGCCGCCGCUGGAAAGUGGGAGUGCUUCUGGAGGAUGUGGCUUGCAGUUGCGUUUUAUCAACAAGCUGCCAAGUACCAUAUUCACAGGCAGUAAGGUGGAAGCAGAGAAUGGCACGCCUCUUCAAAUUGAACUAGUCGAUGCCAGUACCGGUGCUAUAGUCCGUUCCGGUCCCCUAUCUUCGCUAAAGAUUGAACUUCUUGUCGUGAAUGGUGAGUUCGGGUCUGAUGAUCAAGAGGAUUGGACCGAACAAGAAUUCAACAACUACAUUGUUCGCGCAAGGGAUGGCAGGAGGCCAUUAGUGACGGGCGAGACACAUGUUACACUAAGAGAGGGAGUUGGUUUUGUUGGUGAUGUUGUGUUUACUGACAACUCAAGCUGGACAAGAAGCCGAAAGUUCAGACUAGCAGCUCGAGUUGUGGCCAAAUCUCCGAGUGAAGUACGAAUUAGAGAAGCUAGAAGUGAACCGUUUGUGGUUAAAGAUCACCGUGGAGAAUGUAAAGGUCGUAUCAAGUGCACAAGACUCCCGCUUUACGCAGGGUCUAGGAGAGUGUAUAAGAAGCACUACCCUCCACACCUAAACGAUGAAAUAUGGCGCCUGGAAAUGAUAGCAAAAGACGGAGCCUUCCAUAAGAGUCUGUGCGAGAAUGGAAUCAGCACAGUGGAGGACUUCCUGCAGUUGUACAUGAGAGAUGCAUCCUUGCUACGAAAUGCUUUCGGUGUGAUCUCGAACAAGAUAUGGGAAACAAUCAUAAAGCAUGCUAUGGCCUGUAAGUUGGAUGACCAUAAGCGCUAUGCCUAUCAUCGAGCUGAGCACGAUGUAAGUCUCAUGUUCAAUUCCGUUCACAGGCUUGUAGGGGCAAUAAUCAAUGGCCAGUUCUGUUCUCUGGAUGAACUCGACGCGCAUCAGAAGAUGCUGGUGGAAACUCUGAAACAGCAUGCUUAUCGAAAUGUAAGAGAUUUGGUCCCCAUCGAUGUUUCGACUAUAUUUGGCCUUUCGAGGCCCUUGCCAUGUCCCCAAGCUGAACAAUUCAAAAAUCAAUUAGCAAUAAGAGGGAGAGACCCCACGCUGAAUGAACGCGAGUCGGAACGCUUCUUUCGGAGAAUUAUGCGAGAGGAGGUGGAGCGCGGUAUUCUUCCCUUCCUCAUGUCAUCUCCAAGCGUAUCCAGGCCGCCGCUGGAAAGUGGGAGUGCUUCUGGAGGAUGUGGCUUGCAGUUGCGUUUUAUCAACAAGCUGCCAAGUACCAUAUUCACAGGCAGUAAGGUGGAAGCAGAGAAUGGCACGCCUCUUCAAAUUGAACUUGUCGAUGCCAGUACUGGUGCUAUAGUCCGUUCCGGUCCCCUAUCUUCGCUAAAGAUUGAACUUCUUGUCGUGAAUGGUGAGUUCGGGUCUGAUGAUCAAGAUGAUUGGACCGAACGAGAAUUCAGCACCUACAUUGUUCGCGCAAGGGAUGGCAACAUGCCAUCAGUGACGGGUGAGAUACAUGUUACACUAAGAGAGGGAGUUGGUUUUGUCGGUGAUGUUGUGUUUACUGACAACUCGGGCUGGAUAAGAAGCCAAACGUUCAGACUAGCAGCUCGAGUUGUGGCCAAAUCUUCGAGUGAAGUACGAAUUAGAGAAGCUAGAAGUGAACCGUUUGUGGUUGGAGAAUUUUAUAAGAAGCACUAUCUACACCUAAACGAUGAAAUAUGGUGCCUGCAAAAGAUAGCAAAAGACGGAGCCUUCCAUAAGAGACUCUGCGAGAAUGGAAUCAGCACAGUCGAGGACUUCCUGCAGUUGUACAUGAGAGAUGCAUCCUUGCUACGAAAUGCUUUCGGUGUGAUCUCGAACAAGUUAUGGGAAACAAUCAUAGAGCAUGCUAUGACCUGUAAGUUGGAUGACCAUAGGUUCUAUGCCUUCCAUGGAGCUGAGGGGGAUGUAAGUCUCAUUUUCAAUUCCAUCCACAGGCUUGUAGCGGCAAUAAUCAAUGGCCAGUUCUGUUUUCUGCAUGAACUCCACGUGCAUCAGAUGAUGCUGGUGGAAACUGUGAAGCAGCAUGCUUAUCAAAAUGUAAAAGAUUUGAUCCCUGUCGAUGCUUCGACUAUAUUUGGCCUUUCGAGGCCCUUGCCAUGUCCACAAACUGAGCAAUUCACCAGUCCAAACCCUGAUCUGCAACAAAUUCAAUUUCAGUUCACACAUCAAGAUGAACUCCCAAUACAACUAGGUUUCAACCACGGAUCAGCUUCAACCUCAUCUGCCUACCAAGCAGCAGGAAGCAGCAAUCAGUUAAUGGUUUCUCUAGCACAAAGCCAACCAAUGCAACUCCGAAGCAACAGCUUUUCGGUGGGGGACUCUAACUCCGUCAUCUACAGUGGAGAAAGCAGUUCGCCGCCUUUCGGUGGUUUCCAAGCGCCAAUUCUCCCAACCGGUCAUUUAGGGACAGAAAACCUUUUCCAGGUCGAAGCAUCAACUUUGUCUCCUGCAAACCCAAUAUGGGGACAAGCAGGCGACUUCUACUUCACUUCAGGUAGCGAAGCAGAAGCUAGACGGAAAGCCAAGGCAUGCUGGUGCAAGCUUCGUGCCGCCGUUAAGUGGAUGUCGGUUAGGAGGCAUAUGACUGCAAGGCCUUCUACGUAUCUGAACUUUUUAUAAGAAAUGUAGUUUCAUCUUCCCUGUUUUAGUUUGCUAAUUACUAUUUACUAGCUGUAGAAAGCAAGCAAUUACCUAGAGGUAAAAGGGGUAAAAAUAUCUCCUAGUCCUAGAUGUGCUAAGCUUAGUAGCUCAUAGGUUUUACUUUUCUGCAGUUAAUUGAUCAUAUUGUACAUAGUGUCAAACUGAUCUAUGUAAAAUUCGGUUUUUGAAAAGAAAUACAGAAUAAAAAUUACUGCUCUAUGUAUUUUA